UCCAAAACAAGACUUAUUCAGUUAAACUCAGAAGGAAACAAUGACGGAUCUCUCAGUUUCUUCGUCUUCCCUCGCUAAAACUCUUCUUCCUCCAUUCUCGUUCUCCCUCCGUCCAAACAUUCCGAAACGGUUGCGAUUCUGCAGAAAGUCGGCAUCCUUUCUCCGGAAGCCGUCGUCGAUUUCCCGCCAAAACAAGGUCGCCGUCGUCACUGCUAUUCAGGUUACUCAAUCUGAGAAUGACGGUUUUGUCCUUGAAGACGUUCCACAUUUCACAAACUUCCUUCCCGAUUUGCCGUCCUAUCCAAAUCCAUUGAGGAAGAGCCAAGCUUACUCAAUUGUCAAGAAAAAUUUUGUGAGCCCAGAAGACGUGGUUGCUCAAAAUGUUGCUAUUCAAAAAGGAAGUCCGAGAGGAGUUCAUUUUCGGCGUGCGGGACCUCGAGAAAAGAUUUAUUUCGAGCCAGAAGAAGUACGUGCUUGCAUAGUGACUUGUGGAGGAUUAUGCCCAGGAAUUAAUACAGUGAUUAGGGAAAUUGUUUGCGGCUUGAACAUCAUGUAUGGUGUUCAUGAUAUACUUGGGAUUGAGGGAGGAUAUAAAGGGUUCUAUUCAAAAAAUACAUUGAUGUUGACUCCUAAAGUGGUUAACGAUAUCCAUAAACGUGGUGGCACCUUUCUCCGAACAUCUCGUGGAGGACAUGAUACCCACAAGAUAGUAGACAACAUUGAGGAUAGGGGAAUAAAUCAGGUAUACAUUAUUGGAGGUGAUGGUACGCAGAAAGGAGCUUCACUUAUCUAUGAGGAAGUUAUAAGGCGUGGUCUUCAAGUGGCUGUGGCUGGGAUUCCGAAAACAAUUGAUAAUGAUAUUGCUGUGAUAGACAAAUCUUUUGGAUUUGAAACUGCUGUGGAAGAAGCCCAGAGAGCCAUUGAUGCUGCUCACGUGGAGGUUGAAAGUGUCGAGAACGGAGUUGGAAUUGUGAAGCUGAUGGGAAGAUACAGUGGUUUCAUUGCAAUGUAUGCAACACAAGCAAGUCGAGAUGUGCUGGAGUCAUUACAGGAUUGCUGCUUGAUUCCAGAGUCUCCCUUUUAUUUGGAAGGAAGAGGUGGGCUUUUUGAGUUUAUUGAAGAGAGGCUAAAAGAAAAUGGACAUUUAGUUAUUGUGGUAGCCGAAGGAGCAGGUCAGGAAUAUGUUGCUGUAGAAGGGCAUGAUGCAGGUAAAACUGAUGCAUCGGGGAACAAGCUACUUCUUGAUGUUGGUCCAUGGUUAUCUGAUAAGAUCAAAAAUCAUUUCACAAUGUUUCGAAAGAUGGCAGUGAAUAUGAAAUAUAUAGAUCCAACGUACAUGAUUCGAGCUAUUCCAAGUAAUGCCUCAGACAACAUUUACUGCACCCUCCUUGCUCAUGGUGCUGUCCAUGGAGCUAUGGCUGGAUUCACUGGCUUCACAGUUGGGCCUGUGAACGGUAGACAUGCUUAUAUCCCAAUUGCUCGUGUGACUGAGAGGCAGAAAACGGUCAGGCUGAGUGAUAGGAUGUGGGCUAGACUUCUUUUAUCAACGAAUCAACCAGGUUUCGUUUCCUCUGAUCAAGAAAAAUUUGACAAAGAGGUCAUGAACUAAUACUAUAUAAUUAUUACCUCUAUCCAGGUUUAUCGAUAUUGAUUCAUUUCUGAGAAUUGAUUUGUCAGAUGAUGCAUUAACAUUCAUUUAGCAUACGGGGGAUGAUACUACAUAUUCAUUUGUUAAUUGGGAAGUGAACAUGUUGAAAAUCAGAAUCAACAUGUUUAAAAUUUAUACAGGCCACCACACAAGUUCCGCUACACCUCCUCUGCUCAAAUCACGAAUACUUUACGUGCCUAGAAUGUGUUUACAAAUUAAAAAAAAAAAAGAAAGUCUCAUGUUAGCCUUUUGUUUUAUUUAUCUUUAAAAUGCUAUAACUAUGGAGUGAUAUGCUAUGGAUCUGGGAUUUUUU